UCAUUUUGCAGACAUUUACAUUCACUAUUUUAAAUGAACAAACGGGGUACCGAAAGUUAAGUUUUCCAGUCAGAACUUUCAACCGGAGCAGGUUGUGUUUAUUUAACUUCGAAGUCCAGUAGAAAUCAGCCAGGUGCAAAGUUUAAAUCAUGUCCAAAAGGUCCAUGGUUAAUGAUCUGUAUAAGUCCAGAAAAAGAAUCUGCACUGCUUCAAUUUCUUCUGCCAAAGACACACCUGAGUUCAACGAUGGAGUGAAUGGAACUUCAUUCUCCACGGCAGAGAUACCCUCGGACACCAAAGUGUCACUCCUCCAUCUUCAACAGUUAUUUCCCUUAGAUAAGUUUGAAGGAAGAUUACCAGUAGUGAUAGUGAAACAUCAACUAUACAGCUUACUGAAGGACAAAACAGCUGUCGAUAAACAAAUAGAUGAUUUAAAACAAGCCAAUGAGAUUAAGUUGUUCAAGCUUGGUGCUGAGUUAGAUGACUACUGUAUUGUGUUCACUGAGGCGUAUCAAGAUCAUGUGAUCAGCGUGAUGAAAGAACUCUCCAUCAGCAAAAAUACUUGUAAUAAAUUUGUGAAUACUGUCAUAAAGAAAUAUACAGAUGUCUGCAUCAACAAAGACACUUUGAUGAAUGAAUUCAACUUCACAGACUCAGAAAUUACGCAGCUGGUGAAAGCCUCUGUCCUCACAGUGAGGGAUGUAGGGAACUGGUGGAUUGCUUUACCUAAUGCGGGAGUCUUUAUGAAGUGUUUUCUACGAGGAAGAAAGGCCAUUCUGACAAUGAUAAGAAAAUGCAAAUACCGAGAGAUUCUUCAAACGGAAUUGGAACAAAGAAAAUGGCCUAAGAUUUGCAAGCUGGGACUUCAGUAUCACAUGCAUGAAGUAAUUGGUGCUGAUCUCAUAAAAUGCAUUCAGACAACCUCAGGACAAUUACUUCGUCUCAAGGACUCAUAGUCCUACAGGAAUCUCCUCUAACAGUUGCUCCUGUAGGAUUCCCUAGUCCUACAGGAAUCUUCUCUAACUUGCUCCUGUAGGAUUUCCUAGUCCUACAGGAAUCUCCUCUAACAGUUGCUCCUGUAGGAUUUCCUAGUCCUUCGGGAAUCUCCUCUAACAAUUGCUCCUGUAGGAUUUCCAGUGCCAUCUGUUGUACAACAUCAACACUGCCAUGAUAAACACAGAAAUUAGUGGCAGGUUUAGCACAAACAGCUGAAUCUAAAAGAAAAGAGCAAUCAGGACAUUGAUGAUAUUACAGAUUUUUAGGUCAAUAUUAUUUAUUUUACCCAUUGUCUUUCUGUACAUGUUGAUUUUGUUAAUGAGAGUAUUGUUAAUGAGCAUUUCCAAUUAAAGUGAAUCAGACCUGGAGGACUGUGGCUCAGUUUGUUCAUAUGUGAAGUGAAUAUGUGUGAAUGAUUAGUGUGGGGUAAUUUAUUUUUCAUCAGACAAAAUAUUUUUCAUUCUAUUUAAGAGACGAGCUU